AUGAACUUCGCCGGCCUGGCUACCUUUGAGCAGUGCAGCGAAGGCUUGAGUGAGGUUGUGAUUCAUACACCGAAACUCCUCUGCGCGUCGACCUCUUGCAAUGUUUUGCCAGUCAGGCGGUAUACUAUGCGGUUAAGAGAACUGGUUCCGCCAACUCGUGGGACAUUGCGCUUAUUUACGUUAAACGGCAAAAGCCAGUCGUUCGACCAUUGCUCGAGGCGGUCUAGGUUUGUUUGCAAUCGCGCUUCGUCACCUUCAUUUCGUAUGGUACUCCCAAUUCUUUAUAUCAUAAGCAAACAUUUAGACAGUUCGUUUGCACAGUCAUUGAUGUGUAUAAUUAACAGAGAAAGGCCAAGAACGGAGCCUCAGGGAACACCACUCUCAACAGCUGCCUCCACAGACUGCUGGUCACUAACGUGGACGGCUUGAGAGUGGCCAUGUAAAAAGCUUUGAAUCCACAUUAAAAGCUUACCUCUUACUCCUAUACAGCUGAGUUUUAUAGAAGUGGAUGGUGAGGCACAUUAUCAAACGCCCAUAUUGACCACAUUCACCAUAUUCCGUCUAUCAACAGCCCGAGUUCAGUGUUCCAGACAGUAGAGCAAGUUUGUCGCACACGACCUGUCUUUGCAGAAUCCAUGCUGGAAAUUCGAAAGAAGAUGGUUUUGUUCAAGAAACUGCAUCAAUUGUCGCUUUAUUAUUUACUCCUUAUUGUUGCAACAAAUGUUACAAUUUAGUAAUAAUAAUGACUGAAUUUAAUGUCCCUUUGAAGUUAUUGUCAACAAAGGUAUUGCAUUGUUGGGCUUUUACUCCGAUGACUACCUUAAAGCAUCUUGACAACCCUCACGUUACAGCCACCGCGAUGUCUUUUUAUUUCCUCCUCUGGCACGUACAAACAACUAUCGCCAGUUAUUUUCUUUUAGCAUAAUUGCUCCCUGGAGCAUGUAACACCGGCCAUUAGCCAUAUCUCUAUCGCUUUUCCAUUUCUAGUGUGGCCGACACGUCUUCCGCUGUAAGUGCUAUAGUUAAUUUUACUGUUACCAAAAUGCACCCUCCUAGGUAGUAAGUCUCAGGUAAAUAUUUUGUCACUUCCUAGGGGUUUGUUCGGAGCGAUUUCUUAUCCGCUGUCUCUCAUGUUGAUUCAAAGGAGAACAUAAUGAAAACCUCGCGGAAGGUAAAAACUGUCUUUCUUAAAAGUGUGUUUAGAACCCGCAGAGGUUGCGCAACGGUUGCCAAGCUUGACGACUGAGUCAUCCUAUUUGGCGCUGAUUUAUCGCGUGUAGAAGACAUGGGAGGGCAUGAAAGCUCAAGGUAGCAACCGUUCUAGGGCUAAAUCAGCCAAACAGGAUGCGUAAUUUCAAACUCUAAACUAAUGGCGUCUUCGGUGCUGGCAUUGCUAGUAAUCAUGUCAACUCAACGGAUCCAAAUACUGCAUUUAGAAAAGGCCUAAAACUUUACUGAGUCUUUUGUUUCUACAUAUAUUGUAGUCAAAAAAUUAACGUGUGGUCAAAAUAUACUUGCCGUUUUCGGCAGAGAUCGUUGCAUUGCCUCCAUAAAUUACUUAAAAAAACGCCGGACCCCGUGGUUGUAUGCUUUGCACCUGCGCUAUGUUAUUAUCUUUUAGUUUAGUACUUUCCUCUAACUUAAAUCGCCCACUGUAUCGGACAUAAUUCAAAUAUGCUGCAUUUGCGAAGUUUAUUUUCAGUCAAAACCUGUAUAAAUACUGUUAGAUCUGUGUGUUAUUUGGAGGAUUACUAACAUAGCGAACUAAACCGAGAGUGGUUAAAAUAUUUUCUAUUUGCAAUGAGUAGCUUAGGGUCACAUUGUGCUCAGAAUGACCCUUCGUCAAUGGUAAUAAGUAGUUAUGAGCCACUACUAAAAGGCCUAAUAAUUUACGCCUCGGGAAGUCUCAGAAAAGGCCCUAACAAGUUUUGAAACAAUUCGUUUGCCCUUACAUUAACUAAGCUGUAAACGCACACAUCUACAAAUGAAAACUAACCAUAGAAGCCGAUAAGUAGUCUUUCCUACACACCAUGCAAAUACACCACUUUACAUUGCUUACUUGAAAUGGAAAAUGGGUUCCCCGCUCUGAUCUAUAAGACACUUAUCAUAAUGCACAGUCCAAGGACGUCUUUUCAGUUCCAAGAGGUAGCAGGAGAAUGCUGUCUUCAGUGACCGCUGUAAUUUCCUAGAAAACGGCUAAACAAGCACGGGGGAGCUUUAUUAAAUGUGAGUGAAUCUUAUGACUUAUUAACUACUUUGAAAAACCCAAGACUAGUCUGCCGAAAGAAUUACUUUGGUGAAUUUGUAGGUACAAUUGACUUAUAUAGCCCCCUUAGACAGGACAUGGGAAUAAGAACGCUCGGCCCAAUUAAUAAAGGUGGACAUGCGCAUAAUGUCGGAAAGGGCAAAAUAUUUCCGUGUCCUAACUCUGACAAAAACCCUAAUAUAAAACUUAACAGUCGCCCUAAUCUUGACCCUAACCGCACCUUAAACUUUAACUCUGUAGUAGCGCUAGACCAUACCUUAGCCCUAAGCUUGAUUCUGACUUACCGUCGGCUUUAACUCUAGCCUUAAACCAAUUCCUCAACCUGACCCUUACCUCAUUUCACUAGAAGUUGACUGAAAACCAGGCGGUUUCUGUUCGAACGCCCUGUCUGGGGGGUCAAGUUAGUCAGUCCUACCAAAUUGCACAAAAUUCGUCCGUUGGGGUUGAGAAUGCCUCCUUAUUUCCCAUUAUAGCUGAGCAUUUCUCCAGGCAGCUACUCGCUAAUUAGUAAUAAAUGAACGAUGAAAUUCAGGUGAAGGCUGGUAGCUUUUUCGUUUCUAAGAACACAACUCAUUAUAAAAACUCAUUCACAAGCGUGUGUCUCGUUGGAAAGGAGUUACUGACUUUGAUUGUUGUCACACUAGUACGAGAAACAUUUUAAAAUGCCGCGUAUUUGAAGAAUACUGAAAAAUAUCACAAUUCAUAAAAACACACUAAUCUUUUCGUCUGCCUUAUUAAGAGACAAAGUGAUACCAUUGUCGAUAGAGCAUUCAAGGUGGCAUGCAAUUUCUUACUAACAGCCAUCGGUGAGAAAAAUUCUAUGGUAAAAUGUCUAAGGGUUUGCUUAUGGAUGCCUUGCUAGAAGUUUCAAAUUCACUAAGGUUUCCUAUUAUAAGCAAAAACAGGCCAGAUAUAUUUUGUGACUUUCAAAUCACCGAAUUUUUAAGCUUCGUGAGAUAGGCAUUUCUAUGAGCCCUUUGAUAAGCGUCGCUACAUAAAAAAUUGCAUACAUCCUCCUUUUGCUUCUUAGAUGGUAUGAAGUAGAGUUUUUGGGUUUAUGUUUGCCUACGAAUCCAACAUAGAUAUUAUUAGGCAAUUUCGCCUGAGUUAGUAGUUUAAACAGACGUGAAACGUCUCCUCGAUUCUGAUCUACUAAGGAGUCCAAAGGAAGGCAUUAUUGUUGUAUUGUUCGCAUUUUCUUUAUGACAUAUUUUUAGAUGCAUCGACCUAGAUAUCCAUAUAUGACGUACGGGAAUUGUCCACCUUGCCUGAUGCAUCUGAAUGUCAUUGAUCUUAAGAAGGGGAAAGUAGGAGGAAAUUAAAUAUUCAAUGAUGUUUGACAGCGAAUUUGGCAGAAAUCGUCAGAGACAGAUAAAAGCGACUUCACAAGUGUGAAAGUGCCUCUUUCAGAACGAUGCUGCCCAGAAAGGGCAUAACCGCCUGCAAGUGUCCGACGAAUCCUAUUGUCUGAAAAAGUUUAAAAAACUCGUAACCAAAGCCGAUUAGUAAACUUACAUCUUGCUGGCAACAUUAUCAUUUUUUCCAAGUUUUCACUGAUUUUUGGAGGAAAAGAAGGAGGAUGAGGAGGAUGAGGAGGAUGAGGAGGAGGAGGAGGAGGAGGAGGAGGAGGAGGAUGAGGAGGAGGAGGAGGAGGCUGAGGAACGAAGCACGUGA